AUGGUAAAAUAAACAAAGAACUCAAAUUAAAAUCAAAAAAUUCACCAAACAGAUUCUGUUGAAUCUUCUGAUAGUUUGAGCAAGGAAAAAUAAAACAUAUUUACCAUCAAAAAGACUAAAAGAAGAAGCGUAAGUGAGUUAAAAGAUGAAAAAUAAAUUGUAUGCCCAAUGUGCAAAGAUAAGAAAUACGCUUCAUUUCCUGCCUUAUAUACUCAUAUUAAAUUUUCUCAUCAUUCAAUCUAAGAGAAUUAAUAAGUUACUGAAAAGCCCAUAUGCAAACAAUGCAAUAGAAAAUGCUCCUCAAUAUCUUCUCUCAAAACACAUAUGAAAUUAGCUCAUGAUUAAGAAACUAAAGAAGCUUUGUAGAAAACUAUAAAAUCUUGUAAUUAAAAUAAAUCAAAUGAAAAAAAACCCCCAAAAGGAAGACCUCCUAAAGCCAUUCAAGAACCUGAUUUGCCUGAUGAUUUUGAAAUGAUUGAUGAUAUUGAUGAAAAAUAUUAAAUUUUAAAUAUCUUUUAAAAUGAGAAUUUUAUUUCUGUAUUAUAGAAUGUCAUGUUCACUGAAGGGUACUUAUGCAGAAAUCAUUAAACAAUUUCAUGCUAAGUGCUUACAAAAGAAUAAAUGAUAGAUUAUUUUAAUUAUUUAAAAAAUAUAUUUAAAAUAGAAGAUAGCUUAGAUUGGCUAAAUGAUCAAGUUUAUGAAUUUUUCAAGUAAUUAAACGAAUUAAUUUUUAAUGAGGCAUUUAUAAUUAUUUAUUACUCUUAUCAUAACGAAGACUAUGAAAAUUUACUGUAAAUUUCAAAAGAUCUCAAAUAAGAUAAUUGUGAUUUUAACUUAAUUCAUGACGUAUUAAUAAAAGAAACUUUGACUGAAGAUCUUAAAGAGUUACUUAUAGAAUAUUUCAAAGACCUUCAUUUAAGCUUAUAAACCCUUAUUAAUGAUUUGUAAAACUUUCCUAAUCAACAACAAAAGAGCUAAUUAAUUUCAGUUUGA